UCUUAAUAUACAUAUGGCUUCAGUAGCAAAUCAAAUUGAACAAACUCUUGCGGCAAAAGAACAUUUAGCUGAAGAGCUCUUGAUUAACAAGCAAGCUAUUCUUGAUUUCGAAAGAAGGAAGAGCAGUAAUGCCGCCGCCAUUUCUCACGUCAAGAGAAGUCAAGACAAGAAAUUAUGGACAUUUUCUAGCGACAUGUUUAUAAAAUUACCCACCAACAAAACUCAAGAGCUACUCGAAAAAGAUCAAAAGGUUUUGGACGAAAAAAUUGAGGCGUCUAAACAAAUCGUUGACAAAAAUACAUUAGCGUUGAAAGAUAUGGAGAACAAACGAGAUUUGCAUGGAUUUAAUUUAAGUGGGUUAACUGCAACGGAUUUGUAUAAUAAUACGAAAUAAAUGAUAAGGAGGGAGAGGGGAUAUAUAUAUAUGUGUGUAUGUAAAAAUAAAUAACAUUUUCAAGUAAAAAUAAUUAAAGGUGUGACGGUAUCGAUAAUACCACCCGU